UCGAGCAAUCGCAGCACGCAAUUUUGACUUAUUGAUAAGCGCUACUUGAGCUGAACAAUGUCUAGCUCAAAUCUCACUUGGAUGGUGCUGUGUGUUGUUCUAGCACAACUCAUCAUCAGUCGUACUGCUGCUGCUGCCUGUGAUGCAACUGAAUCGAUGGCCGAGCCACUGAAAACUUUUUCCAACCAUGAAGUUAUACCGGACGUGAUUGAUGCUGCACCAGCAGAGCUAGCUAAGAUCAGCUACCCAAGUGGAGUGGUAGUAAAUGGUGGAAACGAGCUGACCCCAACGCAGGUUAAGGACCAACCUAAAAUAGAAUGGUCAUCGGAUCCGGAUUCUUACUACACGCUGUUUAUGGUGGACCCGGAUGCACCGCGUAGAACGGAGCCAAAGUUUCGCUCGGUGUGUCACUGGUUUGUCGGAAACAUCCCGGGUGGUAAUAUUGACGAAGGUGACCAUCGCAUCGCUUUCGUCGGAUCUGGCCCACCACAGGGUAGCGGGCUGCAUCGGUAUGUUUUUCUGAUCUACAAGCAAAACGGCAAGAUCGACCUUUCCGAUGCGCCUCGUACGUCGAAUCGUAGCCGAAAUAAUCGGUUGAAUUUCCAACAUAAGGACUAUAUGAAAAAGUAUGGAUUAAACGAGUUGGUUGCCGGAAACUUCUAUCAGGCACAGUAUGAUGAAUAUGUGCCAACUCUACACGCACAGCUAUCUUCUGGAACGGAAUAAUCAUCUGCUUAAUUAAAAUUGUCAUUAUAUGGUAAUUAAUUUAAUUGUCAUUGUAUGGUUAAAGAAGUGCAAAACGAGAAUUACGUUGCAUUACAGUUAAUGGUGGAAUAGUAGUAAAAAUGCUU